GUGCAGCGCGCCAACGAGGCAGACACCACCAGAUCUGCUGUCUCCGGUCCUUCCCAGCCAUGCUCGCCGUCGUCGCCCAGCCUCUUCUCUGCGUCUUUCCAUCCCCGUCGCCGCCACCGCUGUCGUCGCUCAAUGCCGGCCCGUCGCCCGCCGCAGAGAAGCAGCGUCGCUGAGCACGCGAGGGCCGAGUCCAUACGUCACCGCGAGUAGCACACACACCUCCAUACACGCGCAUAUGCACGAGCGCGCCUGCACGCACGCACAAACGGUUCUCCGCUCGCUCAGCGUCCGAGAAAAAGUUUUUCUCUAUACUGCGUCGACUCUUUUCGCUGCUGCUGUUUCUUCCCGAGCGCGCGUCUCUCUCGUCUGAUCUCUUUUGCGCGUGUCUGUACCUGUUCGCGCGUCCAUGGACGAGGACGGCGACACAGUGCCCGGCCUGCAGCGGGCCAACACCUUUUCGCCUUCGAGCAAGCCAACGUGGAGUCGCUCUGCAGCCGGCACUGGCUUCCAGCGCACUUCCUCUGCAGAACCCGUGUUGCGCAGGCAGCGGUCGCGCCAGUUUUCUCGCACCUCCGUCGACACCGAUUCGAUCCUGCUCGAACGCCCCGUGACAAGAGCGCAGAAUGCGACCGACGGUGACCAUGACGAGUCGAAGGAGGAGUGGCACUCGAUCGCGUUGAUUUUCGUCGCGCUUCCCGCCAUUGCCGGCGUAUUCUUCGAGAACGGAAGUGCCGUCGUCACGGACAUACUCAUGCUGGGCCUGGGCUGCUUAUUCUUAUACUGGAGCGUCAAAUGGCCCUGGUACGUUUCACGCUGUCGGAGGAAAUAUAUCCGCACGAGUUUGCGUGCUUACAGUAGGCUGCAGGCAGUGGUAUUACUCCACGCAAGAAAUGAAACUUGCAGAGGUCGAUCCGAGCGCCGAAUUCGCUAUCGUGGAAGAGAGCGACGACGACCUCGCUCGGGACGAUGGAGAGCCCAAAGCCAAGCCCGAACAGGGCGAGGCCAGCUCGAGAGGCGACGCCCAAGGUGCCAACCCAUCUGCUCAGCAUCUGAACCGCGCCAAGGCCAAGCGCGGCGAAGCCCUCAAGGCUCUGCAGACUCUCGAGAUCAUGGCUCUGAGCUCCUGCUUCCUCUCCCCCGCCGCCGUCGCUUACAUGCUGCAUAAGAUCCGGCCCUAUCUCUCACGUCCAUCUGGAGGCGUGGUUUCCAAUUCCAACCUCACCUUGUUUGUUCUUGCCGCCGAGCUACGGCCGGUGCUGCAUUUCUUUCGCCUCGUCGAGGAGCGGACGCUGCACCUCCAGCGUAUCGUGAGCAGUCUCCCCGCAAGUGACGAGCGACAGCUGGAACUACGUGUCGAAGACCUCACGAAACGCGUGGAGGAGCUGACGAGCAUGCUCCCUGGAACCAACACACAGACAAUCACCGCGACUGGCACAAGCGAGAAGCAGAGUGCAUUGGUCUCGUCCGAGACGUCGUCAGAGCUCGAGGGCAAUAUCCGUCAAAGCUUGCAGCCUCAAUUAGAUGCCCUCAAUCGCGCCGUGCGACGAUACGAAAAGCGCGCCACAACCCAAGCCAUCGUUACAGAAGCUCGCCUUCAGGAUCUGGAAGCCCAGCUCAAAGAUGCGCUGAGUCUCGCUGCCGCGGCGAGCAGGCAGAGCCAGAAGAGCGGCUUGCUUACCCAGGUCUUCGAUGUGGUCCGGUGGAUGCUGACAAGGCCCCUUGAGGCACUGAGCCACCUAUUUCUACUUCCGUUCCAACUUGCUGGCGAAGUGUGGAGGUUCCUUGUUGGCCCCAGAAGGAAGAGGAAAAAAGCCUUUGGUAUGACCGGCAGUCACGCUGCAGCUGCUGGAGAAGGGAAAAAAUGGGCUGGUGAAUUUAAAGGGAAGGCAAGUAGGGUGGAAAGUAGAUGAGGAAUGCUCUUUUUUUUUUGUUUCCAGUUUAUAGAGCGGCGAGGCUUUAUAACCCUACAAAUCUGGUCCUAGACGAAUAAUGAGUAAUAAGAUAACCAUCACCUCUCUAUUUCGU